CCUCCUCCGGAUCCACCCAUAUUCACGGCGGGGCCGCCCUGUCUCACACACCGUUCCCUUUGGGAUCGCCGGCCGUCCUUAACUAAUCCCAUCCAUCUUCACGGCAGCGUCGGUGGGUCGAGCAUGCAAGCGGUGGCGAGCAUCCGGCGGGGGCUGACCAUCGACCCGGCCGGGGAGGAGGAGGCCCCGGCGGAGCGGUUCGGGCGCCUGGUCCGGGAGAGCCCCGUGGUGAUCUUCGCGCGCCGCGGCUGCUACAUGGCUCACGUCAUGAAGAGCCUGCUGGCAGCCGUGGGCGCCCACGCCACCGUCAUCGAGCUGGAGGGCGCCGCGGAGGAGCUCGCGGCGGCGGAGGCCGGGGGCCAGAACGCGGCCGUGCCGGCGCUCUUCGUCGGCGGCGCGCCCGUCGGCGGACUCGAGGGCCUCAUGGGGCUCCACCUCAGCGGCCGCCUCGUCCCGCGCCUCAGGGAGGUCGGCGCACUCUACGUCUAGCGCAAGCUCCAUCUCGCUAAGCCUCGAUCCCCUCCCUCCCGCGCAUCUCUCUCGCGCGCACGUGCGCGCGCACGCUUCAUCGAUCUUUUCUGUAUGUACAUAUGAUGAAAACCACUGUCGAGUUCUGUAAUUUGCAAACUUUAGAGGAGCCAUGGAGUAAGAAACUACACGAUAUAUAAGUUGUGUACUGCAGUUUCUGCCAAGCUUUAGAGGAGUCAAGCAUGAACUAUAUAGGUGGGUUUAAUUUCAAGACAAAUUAAAGGGCUGGGCCUAAAUGUGAUUAUUACUUUA